AAGAGUUUGUGGAGUAGUGAAAAUAUUAAAGUCUUUUUAAAGAGACGAAUGAGCAAAAGAAACCGAGGAAUGUUCUUAGCUCAUCUGUACUUCAAGUGUCUUGGGAUUAGAACAUCUCUACAGAAGAUUAAUUAUCCUUUGAGAUGCUCCAGGUUUUCAACUUGCUCAGCCAUGAACUUCAAGCAUAAAAACGCUAAACGAAUUGAAGGGCUUGAUAACAAUAUGUGGGUGGAAUUUACAAAACUUGCUGCAGAUCCCUCUAUUGUUAAUCUUGGACAAGGACUUCCAGAUAUAUCUCCUCCUAACUAUGUCAAAAAAGAAUUGGCAAAAGCAUCAUCGGUGGAUAGGCUGAACCAGUACACCCGGGGUUUUGGUCAUCCACCAUUGGUGAAAGUCCUGUCUCAAGUGUAUGAAAAAGUUUGUAGAAAAAAGAUAGAUCCAUACACGGACAUUCUGGUCACAGUAGGGGCAUAUGGAUCCCUGUUUAGUGCAAUACAGGGACUUAUUGAAGCAGAAGAUGAAGUAAUAAUAAUUGAACCCUUCUAUGACUGUUACGAGCCCAUGGUGAGGAUGGCAGGAGCCAGGCCUGUUUUUAUACCUUUGAGAAACAAAUCUGUGAAUGGAGAAGUUGCUUCUAGUGCUGACUGGAUCUUGGAUCCCACUGAGCUUGCAAAUAAGUUUAAUUCCAAGACCAAAGCUAUUAUACUGAAUACCCCUCACAAUCCCAUAGGAAAGGUCUAUACAAAAGAAGAGCUCCAGAUAAUUGCUGAUCUCUGUAUUAAAUAUGAUACACUGUGCAUCAGUGAUGAGGUGUACGAAUGGCUAGUUUAUACUGGAAAUAAACAUAUUAAAAUAGCUACUUUGCCUGGAAUGUGGGAGAGAACAAUAACAAUAGGAAGCGCUGGAAAAACAUACAGUGUAACUGGCUGGAAGCUUGGUUGGUCUAUCGGUCCCUCACAUCUGAUAAAGCACUUGCAGGUUGUUCAACAAAAUACCAUUUAUACAUGUGCAACUCCAUUACAAGAGGCUGUAGCCCAAAGUUUUUUGCUAGAUUUCAAACGCAUGGAUGAUCCAGAAUGCUAUUUCUACUCCUUGCCUAGAGAGCUGGAAAGUAAACGGAACCGAAUGGCUCAGAUGUUUCUGGAAGUUGGACUGAAGCCUGUUAUUCCCGAGGGAGGAUAUUUUAUGAUUGUGGAUGUGUCCACAUUAGGUAUAGAUCUGUCUGACAUGGAAAAAGAGAAACCUUAUGAUUAUAAAUUUGUGAAAUGGAUGAUUAAAUCUAAGAAACUGUCAGCUAUUCCUCUGAGUCCAUUUUGUGGCCCAGAAACCAAAGGUCAAUUUGAAAAAUAUAUACGCUUUUGCUUCAUCAAAAAAGACAGCACAUUAGACGCGGCAGAAAUGAUUCUGAAGAAUUGGAAGAAACAAUGACUUAUAAAUAAACAGCUUCAAUCAUCCAAAAGAAAAAACAACUACCCAACAAAUUAUUUUUUUUAAGAUUGCAGUUUGCUGCCAUCUGCUGGAUAUUUAGCAUUAAUAAUUGAAAGGUGUUAAUAUUGGUAUCCUCCAAACCAAUAGUAUUUAGAGUUCUAUCUAAUUUUUAAUAUUCAGUAAAAUAUGUAAGUAUUAUUCUAAAGCAGUGUUUCUCAAACUUGGCAAUUUUAAGACACAUGGACUUCAACUCCCUGGCUGGAGAAUUCUGGAAGUUGACAUCCACAUGUUUUAAAGCUGCCAACUUUGAGAAACACUUAAAUUUUAAACUACUGUGUUCCAUUAUAUUGGCUAGCAAAAGCUAUUCCACUUUUAUUGCAUGGCAGAUAGUUUCUUUUUGUCUUUCUUCAUUCAAAAAUGUCAGCAUAAACUGGUAAUUGGCAAUAGAGAAUAUAGUAUACAAUCUCUUAGUGUUUGAACAAAAAGUACAGCACAUUUUCAUGUAUUAUCUGUUGUAUAUUUAUUCAUACAUGAAAUAGGAAUAAAUUAGGUUGACACUAGCAUUUGCAAAAUAAAAUUCUGUUCAGUGUUUUCCCUAAACAAGUAAAACUGCACCUAUACAAUUUAAUAGUAAAUUACCAGCCUUUCAUUUUUAGCUUCUUGCCUAAUACUAUGACAGAAUUCUUCAAGUUCAACCUUUAAAAUAUUAGGUAAAAUUAAUUUCUCCAGAUUGUAAAAGCCAGGAUUACUGGAGCUUCUGACAUUUAUAAUGGAAACAUUCUGGAGAUCAUCAGGAUAGAAAUCAAAGUACAUAAUUGUUACAUAACAAUAAAUAUUAUGUACAUAAUUGUUACAUAAACACUUAAUAAAUGAAAUAUGUAUGCAGAUAUAAUUCUAACACAUAAAGCUAAUAAUGUAAUAGAAAGAAUUUAAAAGAAAUAUAAUGAAUUCUAGAAAAAAGAAGCUAGAUUAUUUUAGAAUCUGAGUUUUUCAUCUCCCCAUCUUGUAUAAAUUGGGUAAGCUCUUUGAUCUUGUUAAAGUUCAUGAUACAAGAUGUGUCAUCUGUCAUAACUGGCUGUUUCCAAUGAUUACAAUUUUGUGUUAUCAUAUUCUUUGAGAACCAGUUAAGAAUUGACAACUAAUUGUAUGGAAUGAAAAAUUGAUUUACUUAAGAAAUCACUAAAACUGCUUAGUCAUAAA